UUGCUGUUCGCAGGGGGAGAGAUUUAACUGUCGCAGUGAAUCUCGCGGAAGAGAGUUUGGAGGGCAACUUUACAAUGAAGAACUUCUCAAAACAGACAGAUAAACUUUUAUAAAUAAUUAGCGUGUAUAAUUAAGAAGUCAUAGCAAUGCAAGUCUAACAACACUGAAAGUUUUCGCGAUCUGGUUAAAGUCUAAUAAGUGUAAUGCCCUCGAUCAUCACACCUGCUACAUGUAGACUUUCAUUGACUUGUGACAUUAAGUUAGUACGUGGAUUUAAAAAUGCAUAAUGUGACCAUAUAACCUUAAAACUGUGAUUUAGUUUAUCACUAUAUUUAUUACGCAAACGAGGGAAUGAAGUUGAAUGUCUAGUGUGUUUUAUUUUGACAAUGGAGCAGAUUUGUAUUCGUCUGGUCAAACUUGAUAUGCUGUCCAUCAUAAGAGCCUCAAACCGCUUCCCUUCAGCGAUCAGAUGCUGUGUACAGAGACUGUGUCUCCGCCGUGCAUCACUCUGUGCCUCUGAUCUCACGAGGACAAACUCAUCUGUCACUGCUGCUGCUUCUCUCUGUCUGAGAUCAAGAUCAAGACUUAACACCUGUAUAACUGCGUUCAGACCUGCAGCUGAACGGGUGCCGCGGAUCAUUCAGCCCACGCGCGAGUUUCACACCUCAGGCAGACUGAGAGCUUUACCUGCGCCCUUGAUAUGGAUGCUACUGAAGCCCCUACAGAAGCUCACGGCCAUCAUACUGGGCAGGAGCAUCAGAAAAUGGUGGUUAGCCCUGCCGCCCAAUAAAAAGCAGCUGUUUCGUGAAUGGACGUGGCGUCGACGUUGGCACCUGGUGGGAGCAGGGACAGGACUGCUGUUCUUCGUCUCCAUCUGUUUACUCACUCACCUGGAUGAAUCUCCAGUUACAGGCAGGACCCGACUGCUGCUGUUCAGCAGGGAGAACUUCAUGGAACUGGCUCGAGUCUCUGGGGAAGCGUACAUGGAGGAGUUCAAGGAUUCUCUGAUCGCUCCGUCAGAUCCCAGGCAUCAGGUGGUGGAGCAAGUGGUUCGGGUUCUGGCCGAGAGAAACCAGGACGUUGCUGAGAUUUCCUCUGUCCCCUGGACAGUCCAUGUGGUGGACGGCCCCACAAUCAAUGCAUUUGUUUUGCCUGAUGGGAAUGUCUUCAUCUUCACAGGAAUGCUGGAGGCUGUAGCAGACAUCCAUCAGCUGGUCUUCAUACUGGGACAUGAGAUGGCUCACGCUCUGAUUGGUCAUGCAGCAGAGCAGGCCAGUUUGUCUCACGUGGUGGAGCUGUUGUCUCUGAUCCUGUUAACGGCGAUCUGGGCGAUCUGUCCUCGGGACAGCUUUGCAGUGCUGGGACACUGGAUACAGAGCAAACUAGUGCAGUUCUUAUUUGACCGGCCCUUCAGUCGUAAGCUGGAGGCAGAGGCAGACCAGGUCGGCCUGAAGCUGGCUGCAAAGGCGUGUGCUGACGUGAGGGCAGGCCCAGUGUUUUGGCAGCAGAUGGAGAUCUAUGAUCAGUUGAGAGGUGAACCCACCAUCCCCGAGUGGCUGUCCACACACCCUUCCCACCAAAACCGUGUCAGACAGUUGGACCGCCUCGUCCCUGAGGCUUUGGAGCUCCGUGCAAGCUGUGACUGUCCUGCCCUCCCCAAAGCUGACCCCCGUGUCGUUUUCCACCAGGCUGUUAAAUUGCUUCUGGACAAUGCCAAAAAACAAGAACAGAUUGCACAAGAGGAAAAGAAUGAGAAGGAGAGAGCUGGAGUCAUGUUGCCAUUCCCUCAAUCCCCUCCUGUCCUGACUCAAGGGUCUCAGCCGCAGCGGGGGGGAGUGCUGGCCACAUCCGCUCUGCUUAGUAAAUGAGACUUGAUGAAACAUGACUGACAGGGAUAAAUUCAAGCUUUCCUUUUCACUUCUCUUUUUCCAGUGCAGUAGCUCUGAACAAGGCCUAAGAGGGUCGUGGAUAGAACCAGGCACUUUUUUGAUCCACUUGAUUAGCUGUCUCUUUGAUACCCAUGUCAGUUAGUCUGUGAGAUGAUUUAAGUGGGAGUAUGUAGAUCAUUUGUGUGUGAUGCUCGAGUUUAUGCUCCUCCAAGCAUCCACGGCAGUGCAGUCAUGUUAAUAAUGGAGCAAUUAUAAAUGGGCUUUUGAUUGGUUUUAAUGAUGUUAUUAGCAUAAGACCCCUGUGAAGCUGAAUGCGUUAUGGUGUACAGUACAUUAUUCAUCAAACAUCUGCCUCUUCUUUAAUGUCCCCUAUAGGUUCCAGGAUGUAAUGUAACUCUGCUGCAUAGCAGCUAAUGUCACUGUGUUUGAUGCUGUGUGGAGCUUUGGACACACUGCAUUAUUAAGAGGAUGUAUCAAUGGCCAGCUGACGCUAAAUGAGCCCAGUGCUUGUGUUCUUGACAAGUGUUGAGUUUAUUUUAAAUGCACUCUGAAUGAAUAGUAUGAAUGUAAAGAAUAUGACUGUAAUUAUGCACAAGAUAAAUGAAUCUACCAGUCUUGU